AUGCAUAGCGAUUUAUAUAAAAAAAGUUUACGGAAUGAAGACCUGCAGGAAGAGAGACGCAAUAAGCAGUUACAGGAGCAGAAGCGCCUUCGAACUGCCCUACAAGACGAACAUCGUCAAAUUUCAAAUGUUGACAUUGCAGAAGAAAUUGAAUUGCCGAAGCGUUAUUUUGACAGCCGGCGGAAUAAGGAGUUUACAAAAAUAAGGCCAAUGGAUUCGGAGUGGUUGUGGCAGCGACCUAGUGAUUUACAGAAUUGGCUGAUAAUGCCGUACCCAAAAGGACAGCGUUGCAUACUUAUUGCUGAAGGCGCAUGCACUAGAAUCUAUACCAAACGCGGUAAACUGUGUUGUAUAUUGCAUACACGAUUUCCUGGUGAUUUGAUGAAGCCAGGAAGCGGGACCGUUGUCGACUGCGUAUACAGCAGAGCAGAUAACACAAUUUAUGUCAUAGAUAUGUUGGCAUUCGGUACUAAUGAUUUGGUUAACUGUGAAGCGCAGUUCCGGUUCUUCUGGUUGAAAUCGCGUUUUCAAGAUUAUGAAAUUGACUUGGACAAUGAUAAAGGAGGCAAGAAAAUUGUUUUACUAGAUAAAUAUGACUUCGCAUAUAUCGAUAGUGUUGAAGAGACAGUGAAACGCUUUCCAUACUGGCCUGAUAAUAAGCCAAAAUUGGACGGUUUCGUUUUUUAUCAUAAAGAGUCGAGUUACGUCUUCGAGCGCACACCGCUAAUGUGUUGGUUGUUUCCUUAUAUGAUAACUGAUGUGCUAGGUAUUCCAAGCAGCAUAAGGUACAAAAAACCUACGGAUUAUAUAGGAGCAACUCAAUAUAUGCAUUUUCUGAAUGAAAACGAAAUGAAAAAAAUUAAAAGAAAUAACGAGAAAUUAAAGUCUGAACCUAUGGAUGCUUCACUUCUAAUAGAAAUGAGUGAAACAAGUGACAUCGAGGUAGAUAGUUCGGUAGAAUUAGUGCCAAACGAUAUAUGUACAACAGGUGGUAUGGAGUUGGACAGUUUGGAAGAAAUGUUAGCAGCUGAACGUAGUUUAGAAUUGGAGGGAAAAUAA